UGAACCUGGUCUGGUGAUUAACAUUAGCUGAGAUUAAGCAAAUGGAUUAUGAUGUUUUUUCUAGCUGAGUGCACUUGGAAUAAGACUAAGGAUUUUCAUUUCAUAUGGCAUAGACAAUCACAUGUACAAUUUAUAAAUCUCUGAAAACAAUCUAACUACUCUUUUAUUUACAUAGGAUGUGACUGUGGAUUGCUGUCAAAAUGAGUGAAACACCUUCAACUAGUUAUUCAGUGAAUCAGCCAAACUCCUCCGAGAGUGAACAGAGUUUAUCCACGCGGCAUUUCAAUGUUACUGAACCUGUUGUGGCAAAACGGAUCUGUUUCUAUAAAAGUGGAGAUCCUCAGUUUAAUGGGAUCAAAAUGGUCAUUAAUAACCGGUCUUACAAAACAUUUGAUGCCCUGCUGGAUAGUUUAUCCAAACGGGUCCCAUUACCUUUUGGAGUAAGGAAUAUUAGUACACCAAAAGGGAGACACAGCAUUACCAAUUUGGAGGAUCUUGAAGAUGGAAAAUCUUAUAUUUGCUCCCAUCAGAGGAAAAUGAAGCCCAUCAACCUGGAACAGGCUAGCAAAAAGCCGCUGGCCUGGCAGAUCAGUAGGCCUGUCAGCGCUCGUCGUCGAGCUGUGCAAUUAGCAAGGGAGAAUGAAGAUGGAUUUGGCCAUCGAGAAAGCAAAAUAACAACUCCCAAAAAAAUGCUUGUUUUCAAAAAUGGGGAUGUAAGACUCAGACGCACCAUAGUGCUGGGAAAGAAAAAUACACAAACUUUUGAGGCCUUUCUGGAUUAUAUGAGUGAGUUAAUGCAAUAUCCAGUCGUGAAACUAUAUACCACUGAUGGCAGAAAGGUUCCUAAUCUUCAGGCCCUGAUAUUGUGCUCUGGAGCUGUAGUCGCAGCGGGGAGAGAGCCUUUUAAACCAAGCAAUUAUGAUUCUCUUGGGUAUUCACGCCCUGCUAAAUUGCUUGGAAUUGCAAAUCGUGUGUACCCAAAAGCAAAUGCCAAGUCAGAAAGUGAAAAUACUAGGAAAUGGAAGGUGUCAGUCCUCACCAGUGAUAUGCCAUCUGCAGGAACAAGCUCAAAGGUUUAUAUUACAUUGUAUGGGGAUCACAGCAGUUCAGGGCCUAUUUUUCUUGAUGGAGAGGAGGGGAAAUUAUUUCAGAGAGGCAAUGAAGACAUCUUCACAGUUAAUACUGGAAACAUAGGACAUCUCUACAAAAUACGCAUAGGACAUACGAAUGCAGGAAACUCCCCUGCCUGGCACUGUGAAGAGGUGCAGUUGCUGAAUCUGUUCUCAGGGGAGCAGUUUUCUUUCCCUGCACAUCGAUGGCUGGCCUGGGACAGGGCUGAUGGGGAAAUAUCUAUGGAGCUUCCUGUUUUACAGCAGGGUCAGCCUAUUCUUCCAGUGACUGUCUAUGAAGUGCAUGUGACAACAGGAGAAUUGUGGAAUGCUGGAACUGAGGCUGAUGUCUAUAUUUCUGUCUAUGGAGAAAGAGGUGAUACAGGAUCAAGACAGCUACUCAGAUCACAGAAACCCAAGAAAUUUUUAAAAGGACAAACUGACAUCUUUGCUGUUGAAGCUGUGCACCUUGGACAUUUGUACAAGAUUGUUAUAGGACACAAUGGUCUUGGAUCAGGAAACGGCUGGUUUCUGGACAAAGUUGUAAUCAAGGAUCCUGUAACAGAUUUGGAUUAUACUUUUCUUUGUCACAGGUGGCUGGACCAGGGGCAGGAUGAUGGCAAUAUUGCUAGAGAACUGACUGUGACAGAUGCCAGCACGUUUCCAGGACGACAAGAGCUAGAACUCAGGAGAGAAGAAACUUGGGCUACCGAAAAGUGGAAAUUUCAGAAAGGCAAUAUGCUUCAGUUUUACAACAGGCUCACCCGUGGCUUCAUUUGCCUCAGUCCAGAUACCAGAGUUGAUGCUCUUGGUGACAAGAAAAACAAAUAUGGUCUUUUUGAUGUAAAUGUCAAGAGGAGAAAUAUAUGUAUAUUCAGCAGUCAUCAGAUGCCACGUCUUGCUCUUGCUCUUGUCAAUGGCCAUGUAAUUGGAAAGAGCAAAGACAAGACAUGCUGUGAGCUCUGUGUUCACCUUCAACCAAAUGGUUGUGCCAUUCUCGAGUCGGCCAGGAACCCAGGUCACACUGUUACGUUCAAUCUUCAAGGACAAGUAGCUGAUGAAACAACAGGAUAUGCUGGACUUUCCAAAGAAUUUGUUGUGCAUGUCAAGGGUGUGUUUCACCAUGGUGCCAUCAUUCUGCUCAAUACAAGUCCCUGCCAGGCUCUGUCUCUUAGAGCUGAUGGGACCUGCAGCGGAGCUGGUCAGCAGCAGCAGGAAUCCUACUGGAAGGUGCAUAAAAUUGGCUCUGGAGUCUGCAUGUUUGAAAGUGUGAGAAACCCAAGAAUGUAUCUGAAGAUCAAAGAUGAUCAGUGUAAUGGAACAGGCACAGGUGAUGAAUACUGUCACUUUAAAAUUGAGAAGAAUUUGGAAACUGGAUCUGUAAGUCUAGAAUCAGUGCAGAAUAAAGGGAUAUAUGUUGGUCUCCUGCCAGAUGGCCAGACUAAGCCAGUCAUUAACACUGGAGAGAGAAACAUUUUUUUCUACCCACAGGUCAUCAAAUUUGGCCGGGAAGAGCCUAUGGGAACUUCUGCAGCACCCAAUCAAGAGAAGAAAGACUUCAGAGAACCUCAGCUCCAACCAGCAAAAGCCCAGAAGCCAGUAUCCCAAAGCCUUUCAACUUUUCCACCCUCAAAGGAAAUGAGAAAUCCCCAAGGUGGUGAGUGUCCCCUUCCUUCAGAUGAUGAAUGGAAAGUGUCAAUGCUGACAGGAAAUCCAGGAACUGAAGCAAAUGUCGUUCUCUGGAUAUAUGGAGACAGAGGAGUAUCUGGACCAAUAAGUCUUGGCAAGGACAACAGAAAGCAGCUGUUUCUUCCUAGGCAGGAGGAUGAAUUUCAGGUUAAAAUAAAAAACAUUGGGAAUAUCUACAAGAUAAGAAUUGAACUUGAUGAGUUACUGAAUGAACAAUCAGAGUGGAACUUACAAAGGGUGACACUGCAACAUCUAAAGAGCAAGAAAACACUGAAUUUUCCAGCAAACACAUGGUUGUCAAAGAAUCAUGAUGAUAGAGAUUUUCUCUGUGAACUUCCAGCAGUGGAAGCUGGAAAACCUAUCUAUCCAAUUGUUUUAUACCAUGUUUAUGUCUACACUGGUGACAUGGAGCAAGCUGAUACAGAUUCUGCAGUUUAUCUGUGUAUCUAUGGAAAAAGAGGAGAUUCUGGUCUAAGACUUCUGCAUAAAUCUGGUAUACCAGUGACAUUUCAGAGAGGAAUGGUCAAUGCUUUUGAAGUGGAAGCUGUAUCUCUUGGAGAGCUGCAGAAGGUGCUGUUGCGCUGUGAGGCUGGUGCCAAGUCCCAGAUUUGGUACUGUGAUAAAGUCAUUGUCAGAGAAGCUGAGAACAAUUCGGAGUACGUUUUCAAUUGUGAAAGGUGGCUUCCAUUUACGUCCCAAGAUGUAAUUCAUUCAGAAAUUGAGCUGUACCCUCGAGAAUUUCAAUUAAAUCAACAGCUGAAAAUGGAAGAAGAAUCAAACGAAGGAGACUGGAAGAUUACUGUAGUCACUGGGGAUUUUGAAACAGCUGGCACAACAGCAACAGUAUCCCUUUACGCUUAUGGAGAAAACAAAGCUUCUGGCCCUAUUAUUUUGGGAUCUGGGAAACACCAGCUGUUUAAUCCCAACAGUGAAGAUACAUUUAAGAUUAAUUUCAGAGAUCUUGGGCAGCUAUAUAAAAUCCGCAUUGGCCACGACAACACUGGAAAUGAUCCCAGUUGGUACCUGGAGGAAAUCAGACUUGAAAGAGUAGUCCCUCUUUCUGAUGAAGAGAUUUGUCUCCCCAUGGAGUGCUGGCUUGCAGAAGACAAGGGUGAAGGUGAUACCUGGAGGGAAGUGGCGAUAAGAAACCCCACAAAGGAGCUUUUGCCAUUGUUGGUGUAUGAGGUCCAUGUAUACACGGGUGCUAAAUCUGGUGCUGAAACAGAUUCUAAUGUUUAUAUCAACCUCAUUGGGACAAGAGGAGAUGCCGGCAGAAGGAAGCUCCAUAGAUCUAAGAAUAACAACAUAAAAUUUCGACAUGGACAGAUGGAUAUUUUCUGCAUAAAGGCUGUCUCACUGGGAGACUUGGAGAAAGUUCUGAUUAGCCAUGAUGGAACUGGUCCAGGCAAUGGAUGGUUCCUGGAUAAGAUUGUCAUCAAACAUAAAGAAGGAAAGGAAGCUCAGGAGGUUGUAUUUCCUUGUAAUAGAUGGUUAGAUGAAUAUCAAGAUGAUGGGGCAACUGAGAGGGAGCUAACUGCCAAUAAGGAUGGCAAUUCAAUGAAGGCAUUCCUUAAAGCACAACAGUGGAGAGUGCAGGUUAAAACAGACGGAGAUUCCCCAGAGCCACAAGAGUGUAAAAGGACCCUUGUGAUUUAUGGCUCAAAGGGAAAAAGUGAUGAGCUUCUGCUUUCUCCACAAAACCCAGGAUACGUGUGCUUUCUACCCAGAGCAACAGAUGAAUUCAUUGUUGAGACUGGAGAUCUGGGAGAUGUAUACAAGAUUCGGGUCUGCUGUGAUGAUGUGCCAGGCUUUGAGGGUUGGCAUUUGAAGUCUUUUCACUUAGAAGAGAUACGUACAAAACGAGAACUGAACUUUGACUGCAACUGCUGGCUGUCUCUUAACAGAGAAGACAAGGAGCUAGUGAAAGAAUUCCCCGCAGUCAAUGAGGACCAGAAAACUUUACCAGUCUAUAAGUAUGUUGUCUCUGUACAUAUUGGCGACUGCUGGGGAGCAGAAACUUUUGCAAAUGUUUAUAUCACUCUCUAUGGCAAAAGAGGGGACACAGGUGUGAGGAAACUUCAUACAUCUUUAGCAAAAGGAAGAAAAUUUCAAAGGAAUAAGGUGGAUUCAUUUAUGGUGGAAGCUGUUUCUCUGAGUCAUUUGCAAAAAGUGGUCAUAGGACAUGAUGGAAAAGGCUAUGGGGCUGGGAUGUACCUCAGGAUGGUAACAGUCAAACAAUCACAAGACUCAGACAAAGAAUGGGUCUUCCCAUUGUGGAACUGGCUUGAUACUCAUCUGGGAUUAUAUGACACUGUUUGUGAGAUUGCAACAGUUGGUAGAAGGUUGACUUCUAGUCCUAAACUGCCUGAAAUCAACAGGAAGUCAUCAGGUCUCUGGAUAAUGGACAUCGCUGGAUCUGACUUGAGCGACAAAGAGGAUCCAAUAUGCCUUUCUUUUAUCUUCUAUGGCAACCUGAGUCACAAAAAGUUGCCACUUCUAGUUACCGGAAAAGCAAUUCAGAUCAAAGAUGAACUGGCAGAUAUUGGCUCAAUAUACAAAGUUCAAGUAACUGGCCCACAUAGCGAGCUAAAACAGCCAUGGCACUUAGAUUUACUGCAUAUGAAGCACACAGGCACAAAGGAAGAGAUGUAUUUAGCUUUUGACUGCUGGUUCAACCGUAAUGAAGACAAAUGUGUGGAACUGCCAGCUCUCUAUGCAGAUCAGGAGCCUUUGCCUGUUGUGGAAUAUGCAAUCCAUUUGCACACGGGAGACUUGAAGAAAGCAGAUGCCACUGGUGAGGCUUAUCUUUGUAUACAAGGACAAAGGAGUGACUCUGGGAAACGAUGGCUUAACUCGAGAAACAGCCUGAUCACUUUUGCUAGAGGGCAGGUGGAUGUUUUCAAAAUCAAAGCAGUAUACCUUGGCAAGUUGAACCAGGUUCUUGUUGGAUUUAAGAGUCUAAAAAAAGAUGAGUGGUUCUUGGAAAAAAUUGUUAUACAAGAAGUACUCUACCCUUUUUCUGCACAUGUUUUUAUUCACAAUGACUGGAUCAAUAAACACUCAAGGACAGAUUUUGUAGAAGUGGCAAUUCCGCUCAAAGAAACAUCUGUGACAUCUCUUCUCACAAAAAAUUUUGAUACUAAAAGCAGAGGACGAUGGCAAACAUGGGUGCACUGCAUACCAGUACCAAAAGAUGUUCCUGAUAUUAAAGUUGUUGUAUUUGGAAGAAAAGGGAAAUCCCCUGCACAGGAAGUUCAGAAUCUGAAUGACAAUCCAUUUUUGUUGACUGUUGGUGAUAUUGGAGAUAUAACAAAAGUUUCCUUUGUGUUAUUUGGUCCAUGCUUGGGAAGAGGAAUUAAACUUCACAAGCUUCUGCUAAAAGACCUGGACACUAAACAAGAGUUGGGCUUUCACACUGAAGCCCAAUGUCUGUUUGGAGAAGAUGGAUCUGAGACUGUGACAGAGCUAGCAGCCAUCAGGCCAGACAAGCCACCACUCAAGGAAGUUCUUUACUCAAUCAGUGUUCAUACGGGAACAUUGCCUGCAUCAGGGACUGAUGCAGAUGUAUUUAUCACAGUAUUUGGAGAGCAGGGAGAUUCCUGCAAAAGGAGGCUAAGACACUCAAAUUUUGAAAAAGGACAGGUUUGUAUCUCUGAAAUGAGAGCAGUAGACCUUGGACAGCUAAGCAAAGUGCUUGUUGAGCACCAUAAUGUGGGUUAUGGAGCUGGAUGGUACCUGGACCAAAUUGUCAUCCAUGAAUCAGGCAAGACUGAUGGCCAAUAUACAUUUCUUUGCCAGCAAUGGUUGGACAGUGGAGUUGGUGAUGCACAGACGGAACGAAUGUUGAAACUUCUUGGCAAAGUUAGGAAUGGGAUGUUGUCAGGAAAGAUUUAUGGGAUUUGGGAUGUCCUUGUCACAACUAGUGAUAUUUCUUCCAGUUCCAUGAAUCCUAAAAUGUCUCUAACUGUAUGUGAUGAAAAAGGUACCUGUACUUCAGUCAUAUUCCCAAAAGGAUCACUUAAAAAAAAGCAAGUUUAUGAGACUUCAGUGGAACUGAAUAAGAAAUUCAAUACUAUAUUCAAAGUUCGCCUAGAAAUUGAAGAAGCUGGAGAAGGAGAGACUUGGCAUUGUCGUGAGGUAAAGCUUCAACACAGAGAAAGUAAAAAUAUUCUAGAAUUUCCAUUUUGUCGCAACUUUGCAGAUGAAGAAGGAGGAAGAGUUGCUGAGCUUCCAGUUCUGACAGCUGGCUCCCCUUUUCCAGCAGUGAAAAGCUAUGUUCUCUAUAUCACUACGGGAGCACCUCCCGGGUCAGGAACAGACGCAGAUGUCUAUGUCAUGCUGCAAGGCCUUUUGGGAGAUACUGGCAGAAGAAAGUUAAUCAGAAAAGGAGACAAUAAUUUCACUAAAGGAAAGGUGGAUGUUUUUCAAGUGGAAGCAGUAGAUGUUGGGACUCUGCAAGGGAUGGUGGUUGAAAAAGGGAGAGGCUCUGACUGGUUUCUGGAGAAGAUUAUUGUGAAAGAGUCAGCAGCUGCAGGGACAGAAACAUUGUUUAUGGCUCAAACAUGGCUAAAAGACAGACGCGAUGCAAAAAGAUCUGCCACAGUAACUCUGAAGGCCACAGAAAUUCAGGAGAGGAGGAGCACUUCUACCUGGCCUUUAGGAAAAGAGCAAAUGAAUUCAGAAGGCAGAUGGAGGAUUUAUUUCACAAAACAUCAAGAAGAUACAAAAACAGACUUUGAAAAGUUGUCAGAAAAUGUAUCCAAGUUGGUUAUGGUUUUUUAUGGAAGCAAUGGCAAGUCAAAUCCGGUUUCCAUGGAAAACAAAGUGGAACAUCAGGCUAAGAACCAAAUAACAUAUGAUGUACAUUUACCAUCUGAUUUGGGAAUGCUUUAUAAAGUGAGACUUGGUCUCCAGAGUUUGGAAAACAGUAUAUCCCAGUUGUCUCUCCGUCACUUUAAAAUGCAGAACACUUCAACCCUGGAUACCUUUAGUCUCACCAUAAAUAAAACACUUCCUCUUUCUCUUAAUGGAGACAGAUGGAUUGAAUUCCCUGUAGAGUGGCCAUUAAAAGAAGCACUUUCUGUGAUUACAUAUCAUCUAACAGUAUUUUCUAGAAAUAUUUUGAGUGAGAGAAAUCUAGUGCAUAUGACUGCGUGUAUAUACGGUACUCAUGGUGACACAGGGGACAGAUCUCUUCUCUGGUCGUUGCAGGAUGUCCAGCAGGGAGAGGACAAUGAGUCAUUUGUAGUUAUCGUGGAUGCUGUUGAAUUGGGAGAACUGGACAAAGUUGUUCUUUUGAUCAGCAGUAAAACAGACUGCAAACUGGACAUUAAAAAACUGCAUUUGAAAGAAGCUGUAAAGGAGCAUCCUAUCUAUGUAUUUGAAGUGAAUGAAGCAUUUUCUGUGGAUGCAAAUAAGCCAGAAAUCCAGAGAGAAAUCCCAGUAUCUUUUAUUAUUAGAGGAGACAAACAAAGGAAUGACAUAGAUAACUUACUUAAAGAAGGAAGCCAAGCAGGAAAUCUGACAGAGUAUACUAUUAAAGUAUACACAGGUGACAAAAGGGGAGCAGGGACUGAUGCCAAUGUGCAUGUUAUUUUAUUUGGGAAUGAGGACAAAUCUGAGGUAUUUCAACUCUCUCAGUCACUGGAGCAUCAAAACCCAUUUGAAAGAGGAAAGGUUGAUACAUUCAAGAUUAAGACAAAAAAAUUGGGCAACCUACAUUCAAUUGAAAUUGGUCAUGAUGGGAAAGGAUUUGCAAGUGGCUGGUUUCUGGAAAAAGUAGAAAUCACAGAUGCAUCUAGGAAUUCAGUGUAUUGCUUCAACUGUAACAGGUGGCUUGCUGAGGAUGAAAGCAAUGGCCGCACCAUAGUGCAACUUUAUCUAUAGCUGCUUGAUUUCUGAUUCUUUCUGCGUGUGUUGCUUCUCCAAAUUCACACUGAUUUGAUUUACUUGUGUUUUAUAAUUCUGAAGGUAUUGUAAUUACUGUGAAGGAAUGUCAAAACAAUGCAUUAAAAACAUCACAGUAAAUUAAACACACGUAAUGUUGAACACUGCAUUCUGAUCCUAUUAGAGAUGCUCAAAAACUUUGCAUGACUGAAAUUUAGAAAACAGAAAUUUAAAUCUGUAACAUGGCUCUGUGGACUUGAUCUGAGCAUUCAUAAUGGUAGACAUAUGUAGUA